GAAGUGAAAACCAGACCCACGCCUGUCACACCUACCUUCUCGCAGCGCGCAGGGAUGUAACCUGCCGUCUCCUCGGGGCUGUGCGGAGGACGUGACCUGCCACUCGGGUGGUGUCACUCGGGGCUGCUCCGCCAUAAAGACCUAGUUCCCUAGCUCCAUAGAUGAGUUCCAUCUCAAAAAACAUACAGCUGCAGGUUCUUACUGGUUCCCACGUUGUUAUCUUUUCCGGGAAUGCACCUGUAAAUGCAGCAAACAAAACACUUGGUGUCUGUAAAGGCACAGUAAGGAUGCCUUGUAAAGCCAUGGCAAUGACAGGCCCAACACCCUGCUCGUCCAUGAGUAAUCACACCAAGGAGCGAGUUACGAUGACAAAAGUGACAUUAGAAAAUUUCUACAGCAAUCUUAUCGCACAGCACGAGGAACGAGAGAUGAGACAAAAGAAGCUAGAACAAAUGAUGGAAGAAGAAGGCUUAAAAGAUGAAGAGAAAAGAAUCAGGAGGUCUGCACAUGCACAAAAGGAAACAGAGUUUCUUCGCCUAAAGAGAACAAGGCUUGGUUUGGAAGACUUUGAGUCUUUAAAAGUAAUAGGCAGAGGAGCAUUUGGAGAGGUGCGACUUGUCCAGAAGAAAGAUACAGGGCAUGUUUAUGCAAUGAAAAUACUGCGUAAAGCUGAUAUGCUUGAAAAAGAGCAGGUUGGCCAUAUUCGUGCAGAGCGGGACAUUCUAGUGGAGGCAGACAGUUUGUGGGUUGUGAAAAUGUUCUAUAGUUUUCAGGACAAGUUAAACCUCUACCUUAUCAUGGAGUUCCUGCCUGGAGGUGAUAUGAUGACACUGUUGAUGAAAAAAGACACUCUAACAGAAGAAGAGACACAGUUCUAUAUAGCUGAGACCGUGCUAGCCAUUGAUUCUAUUCAUCAGCUGGGUUUUAUCCAUCGGGACAUAAAACCCGACAACCUUCUUCUGGAUAGCAAGGGCCACGUGAAACUCUCAGAUUUUGGUCUGUGUACUGGACUAAAGAAAGCUCACAGAACAGAAUUUUAUAGAAACUUGAACCAUAGUCUUCCUAGUGACUUCACUUUCCAGAACAUGAAUUCCAAAAGGAAAGCAGAGACUUGGAAGAGAAACAGACGGCAGCUGGCUUUUUCUACCGUGGGUACUCCAGAUUACAUUGCCCCUGAAGUUUUCAUGCAGACUGGAUACAACAAGCUUUGUGACUGGUGGUCACUUGGCGUCAUCAUGUACGAGAUGUUGAUCGGUUAUCCACCGUUCUGUUCUGAGACUCCUCAAGAAACAUAUAAGAAAGUAAUGAAUUGGAAAGAGACUCUGACGUUUCCUCCAGAAGUUCCAAUAUCCGAUAAAGCAAAGGAUCUUAUUUUAAGAUUUUGCUGUGAAUGGGAGCACAGAAUUGGUGCAUCUGGUGUGGAGGAAAUAAAGAGUAACCCAUUCUUUGAAGGGGUUGAUUGGGAGCAUAUCAGAGAGAGACCUGCUGCAAUUUCAAUAGAAAUUAAAAGCAUUGAUGAUACCUCAAACUUUGACGAAUUCCCAGAAUCUGAUAUCCUUAAACCAACAGUGGCAACAAGCAACCAUCCAGAGACUGACUACAAGAACAAAGACUGGGUUUUUAUCAAUUACACCUACAAGCGUUUUGAAGGUCUGACAGCCCGAGGAGCAAUACCAUCCUAUAUGAAAGCAGGAAAGUAAUAAAUCUUUACCUGGGACGACUUCUGAGCUGUGGAAUUCUGUUCCUGUACUUUGGGUUUAUACCCAUAAAAGAACUUUUUCUUUUCUUAAAGAAAACUUGAGGGCUGUCAACUCUUGGAGAAGACUUCAGGACCCUGUUUCGUUACACACUCUGGUUGUUACUGAGGAUUUUUUCUUUUUGCGCCAUUGAAAAAUUCCACAAAAUGUUUGCGUCAUCUCUGCUGCAAGCAUGUUUUGCUGCUUCAGGAACAAGAGUUUCAGUUUUCUUCUUAAAUUCUUUGCCAGAUUGUACAGUCUAGCAGGAGAUGAGAGCAAGCCUUCACUUUGACGUUGCAAAGCACGUGAUGUUUAUAGGGACUGUUCUGCCAGUCCUGCAUUAAGUGACAAACUCAAUCUGCCAACUCUGCCAGCGCUGUGCUCCCAGUGGCUAAGGACUUCAGUACAGAGGAAACAAAGCAAUAAUUAAAGCUUGAGAUAGACAACUCUCCAGUGAGCUAUCUAGUAGAAGGACACAACUCGUAUUGCCUUAACCUUAGUUUGUAGUGCUGUUUUUUAUAAUGCUACUUGGAAGCCCCUUUAAUAGCAUUUCUCAACUCUGUUACAGUGGCCUCCAGUUGCAGUGCACUUUACUUUUGGUACUAAGACAGUGACCCUCAAGCCAUUUAAUAUUUUGUUUCUAAAUUUUUUUUUUUCUUUUUUCCUAGACAGUGAUAAGAGAAACGGGCCACUUCUUCCACCAAGCGCCAAGUUCUCAGUGGCUGUAUGAAAGGCUGGAUCUACAAACAAUGCAGAUAAAAACCACAGCUGGUAACACAAGUUAAUCUGAAAUUAGGGCAGAGAGGGAGGGAAAUUCAUUUAACCUGAUCCUUGGUGGACACCUUGUGUACAGCUGGGUCAGCCCUGAGGCUUCCCGGUCCUGCUGCUGCCAUCUUUUGGCCACUUUUAAUAUUUGCUGCAUGUUCAUCGGUUUAAAGACAAAAACCAUCUCAGGGCUGGACCAUCUGUCCCUGUAGUCUUCCAAAACAGACAGUGCCUCGUGGGGUCACUUUUGGGGCAGCGGAACCCACCAUGUCCACACUUUGAUUAUUGCCUAGUGUAAUUUAUAAAAAUACAUUCAGUUACGAUGAAGGCUGCUCUCCAGGAGAGCCCCAAAGUGCCUUUCCUUGCCUAAGCAUCUCUCGGAGCAUGGCUGCAUUUUGGGAAGGAGGAUUCAGCCUCACCUGAGCUCUUGCUAAUUCCUUUUUUUUAUAAGCAUGAGCUCCACUUUGCACCUGUUUUGUAGUUAACUCUGCACUUUCAGGGGCAGGUGGUGUUAACCUUGGGCCUGCCUGGGUCCAGUCUACAAUUUGCAAUUUUUUUUUUUUUCUUUAAAUUGAAUGAGGUUUCUAAAGAUAUGUAUCAAUUUGAACUGUCUUGGAUUCUUGCAAACUUCUAUUGGUGCUGAACACUAACUGCCUAGCACAGACAAAACCCUAGCAGUUUAGAAACAAAGCUAGAGCAGUGUUUCAAAGUAAAAGGAAGGCUUUCAGGUAUAUUUAGUCAUAACUUUCUAGAUUAGGAAAUGAAAGAAAAUGGGUUUGUAGUGAAACUUUUUUUAAUAGGUGCUUUUAGGGAAUUUUUACUUGGAUGUCUUUUGAAUUGAGUGCCAUCAUGAAGGACUGAUUGGGGUGUCAAAAGUACUGUUUAUAGCUAAAAUUGGGUGAUAACUCGUUAGCAUCCUUUCCCUGAUCACCCCUUGUGCAUUUUAUAUGUGUCCUAGGAGUUCAAUGAAUUGCCAUAAGCAGUUUAGAUACCAGUUGGAUCCUACAAAGCUGAAAUGCAAAACUAGCCUUAAUUAGAAGUACCAGGAUCACUGUAGUCAGUAGGGCUUACGCAGAUGAAUAAGGGCUAACUGAAGUGAUGUUUUAUAGGAUCAGGCUUUUUAUCAACUAGUCAGCAAUAUCACCUUCUGCUCCUUUUUUAUGAAGGACUGAUACAAACUUCUCAAAUUGCUCCAUCUCCUUAUCCUGCAGUUUAUUCUAGCCAUUUGAAAAUGUUGCCUUAUAAACUAUUGGAAAACUUAGAGGUAUUAAUAUCAAAACAUUUUUUUUUAAAUUCCUAACAGCUUAGUUACUGCCUUAAAAUAAAUAAAUAAAAAAAACCAUCAAGAGCUGCUGUGGAUUAGGAAUAAAUGAUUUUGACAUAGUAGCUGCGUUAUGAGCCCUUUACUAAAAGGGACUGGUGUUUUUAUUUAUAAAUACCAAAGAUGAAGCUAAACAAUUAUAAGUUGUGUUAUCUUGCUGUGAAAAAAACCCCUAUAUAGUAAUAUGUAUUGUGCAUUUUUAGUGCAUGUGUUUUAAAGUCUUCUGAAACCUCAGAUUGUUCACUUCGAGUUAAAGGUGAAGUUUUUCAAAGGCAGAAGGAGCAGUUGGGUACCUCACUCCUCUUCCUUCAGUAGAAGUUGUGUGUCUUUGGUUAAGUCCUCUUGGACACACCUUUCCAGCGGUUGCAUUGGAAGCCUGCUUCCUAUUACAGUUGUUCACUAAUACUAGGAAAACAAAGUACAGUGUCUUCUUUCCAGGAUCCAUACUUCACUGCUAACAGUUUAAGACUUUUUGUAUGCCGGUUCCAUCUCCCAUGUCAGCCAAACAUUUUUCUUAGCUGCUGGCUUGUGUAUUGAGGUUGGAUGUAGCUUUUAGCUCUUUUUUUUUUUUAAGUUGCAAGCAGUUGCUGGACUUCCAGGAGUAAUUCCAAUUUGCAUUUCCAAUGGAUCUGAACAUGAAUUAUGUUGCCAGUUCAUCUCUGUAUCAUGCCUAGCACAAAACUGCACUAAGUGUUUCUUAUCACUGUGCCCUGACUCUGCCUUAACCUGUAAGCUGAAAAAGUGUUCUGUAAAUAUUUAAAAGCUGUUACUAAAUUGCACUGUAAAAUUUGGCAGGUGUAUUUGUGUGUUGCUGAGGGAGCCAACUUUUUAUGGAAUGAUCUUUGCAUUGUGUUGUGUAAAUAAAAUCCUCUUAGUAAACACA